AUGGCAGACACGGAUGAGGAGAUUGAGUUACAAUCGGCGUCUAUAGCUACAUACUUUGUUCAACAUUAUUAUACAACAUAUAUUGAAAAGACACCUUGUAUGAAUUCUUCUCAAACUGGUCAUAUGUGGUUGAUGGAAAUAUUAAAAGGAAAUGAAAGUAGAUGUUAUAGCAUGUUUAGGAUGGAGAAAGAUGUUUUCAUUAAAUUAUGCGAUGAAUUGGAAGCUAAUUAUGGAUUUAAGGGUUCAAAGAGAAUGUGUGCUCUUGAGAUAUUAGGCAUGUUUUUAUUUACAUUAGGUCACGGUGCUGGAAACCGAUUAACACAAGAGCGAUUCCAACACUCAAGCGAGACAAUUAGUCGAUAUUUCAACAAGGUUUUAGAUGUUUUAUGUCAUAUGAGUGUAGAUGUAUUAAAAUCACCAGACCCAGAAUUUAAAGAUGUUCCUGAAGAGAUAUUGAAAGAUUUUAGAUAUAUGCCUCAUUUUAAGAACUGUAUUGGCGCAAUAGACGGUGUACAUGUGAAUGCUGUAAUUCCACCUGAAGAUCAAGUACCAUUUGUUGGUAGAAAAGGGAUACCAACUCAGAAUGUCAUGGCAAUAUGUAAUUUUGAUAUGCAAUUUAUAUAUGCAUAUGCUGGGUGGGAAGGUUCUGCUCAUGGAAAAUAUUAUUUAGUGGAUGCAGGAUACCCACAAAUUACAGGUUUUUUAGGACCAUAUAAAGGCCAAAGAUACCAUCUACCACAAUUUCAACGAGGUAGCAAACCUACUGGUUAUAAAGAGGUAUUCAACCAGGCACAUUCUUCUCUUCGAAGUGUUAUUGAAAGAACUUUUGGAGUAUGGAAGAAAAGAUGGAAAAUAUUAAGAGAUAUGCCUAGUUAUCCAUAUCAGAAGCAAGUGAAAAUAGUGAUUGCAUAA